AUGAUUGAUAGAUUGCAAGAGCUUAAAGGUGCAUCAAAUAACCCUUCACAUGAGAUAUUACUAUCAGAUCCACAGCCUGCAUCAGGUCCAAACAUGCAAUUUAUGAUUCAAAUUCGAAAGGCCCAAAAGUCAAUUGAGCGUGUCCGCUCAAAUACCGAGCAAAUAAGAAUUUUAAAAGACGAAUUCAACCAAUGCACCCAACCUGACCAGGAAGCAAAAAUUAAUAAGAAGCUGAAAGAAUUAAUUGAUGUUAACAAUGGAGAACUAAACACAGUCCGCGAUAUUGCCGAAACUCUUGCAAAAACAAUAGAAGAUGGUCGAGGGACAUCAAGUGAUACAGAAACAAGAAUGCGAUCUACAAUGCACGCCACUUUAAUUAAACAAUUUCAACAAGCCCUUGGAGAAGGCGAAAAAGCCCAGAAUAUAUUCACCGAGGCAGCUAGAAAUAAAACGGCAAAUCAGCUUAGAAUGGUCGAUGAGAAUAUUUCUGAUGAAGUGAUUGAACAGUGCUUAGAAGACCCUCGGCAAGCACAGAUGAUGGUCGAGAAGAAGAUGAUUGGAGCUCACUCCGAUAUCAUUCAAAUGGUCAAUAGCAUUGAAAGCAGACUUGAAGAUAUCAAAAUGCUUGAACAAAACAUCAAUAUCAUGCAUAGAAUGUUUCUCGAUCUCGCUGCAUUGGUUCACUCACAAGGAGAACUCUUGAAUAGUGUAGAAAAGCAUGUGGAUAAUGCCUCAGACUACGUCAAGCAAGCAGAAAAAGCACUUGAAGGAGCUAAAAGCCACCAGGAGAGGGCUAGGUGGAAAAAGUGUUGCAUAUUAGUGGCAGUACUGAUUAUAGCUCUUGUGAUAGUAAUCCCAACAGUAGCAACUAAAACUUUAUAA